AUGCAAAUCACCCAAUUCGUCUUGGGCACUAACAUGGCCGCAGCCUACCUUUUCGUUCACUACACUAUUCCCUACUCCGCUGCCAAUGCCGCUCUGCGCAACCUGACCCAGGCCGUUCCCGCUGUGGCCCAUGCUACUACCGAGGCUGGUGUCAUGCCCUGGCUUAAGAAGCUGGCUUUCCGCGCCGCUGGUGCGGAAGGGAUUGCCGAGAAUGUGGGUGGAGCUGUCACCGCUCCCCCAGCUGGCUACACCCAGCAAAUGGUGACCUGUAUGGAUACCACGGGCCAGGCCUUCGCCAUCUGGCUCAAUGUGUCUUACCUGCUCCCUCUCACCUACCUCUUUGCUCGUUUCUUUGUUCGCUCCUAUCUGCAACGCAAGGAUCCCGGUGACAAGCAGCCCACUCACAUGGAGGCUGCUGAGAAGGCCGGCGUGGAGGCUUUUGGUCGUCUGAGUCGUGAGAUUCAGCGGGCUGCUAUCGAAGGCGAGAAUAGCGAAACCACUGAUGAUGAGGUCAUCCGGGCUCAGGUCCAGAAGAUCGUUGAGCAGAAGACCCAGGCCUCUCCCGUCCGCACCCGGGCUUCCGCCGCUAACAAGGCCCAGACCGCUGCGUCAUCCGGCUCGAACGACGGUUUCUCCACUGUGAAGAAGGGUGCGAAGAAGCAGACGAAGGCUGAGCAGAAGAUAAACUUUGGCUCUCCGACCGGACAGGGUGAGAACCCUUUCGGCGUGCUCGAUAGAAAUGCGUGA